GAAAAAAACAUUUUCCAUAGAGAGUCGCCUUCCGCCAGCGAAAACGUCUUUCGUUAUUCCGGUUCAUCCAACAGGAAAUACAAGCUAGCACUACUUGUCGAGCCCUCCCCGCAGCCAGCGUCGGAGUAGACGGGAAUGGCUUCCCGCCUCCUAACCAGAUCAACGGCCGCGGUCCUCGUCUCCCACCUCCGCUCCAGGACGCCGAAUCCUACCCACCACCUCCUCACACAUGGAGCUGCCAUGUCCUCCCUCCUGGGACCCACUCAUGGCGUUCCUGCCACCGUCAGAUCACGCCCCCUCCUGGAGCCGACUCGGUGGUUCUCUUCGCCGGCGCCCGUGGUGGAGGCGCCGAGGACGGUUGACGGCCUGACUGUCGACUCUAUUGCCGACAAGGGGUGGACGAUCCUCGCCGAUGCCGAGAGCGACUGGCGGAGCCACGCCGCCGCCGUCGCGCAGUCCAUCAGGCUUAUUAAGAAGCGUCUCAAGUGGAAAUGGUUACUGGAGAGGUCGAAGCAGUUGGCUGUGGUAUUGGAGAAGCCAGACCUCUGGGAGGAUCCAGUUUUUGCUGGGAAGGUUAGUCGUGAACAAGGCGAGCUCAUGGGCAAGAUUAAGUCAGUGAAUCAAUUCGAGCAACAGUUGAUGGAGCACAUCGAUAUGUUGAGGCUUGCACGUGACGAGGGUGACAAUGAACUUGAGACGGAAUCCAUGAGAGCAUUGGCCGAUAUGAGAAGAGAAGCAAAGGAGAAAGAACUCAACGCAUUGCUUUCUGGAGAUAAUGACCCUUACCCUUGCUUCAUUGAGGUCCAAGCAGGAGCCGGUGGCGUUGAGAGCAUGGAUUGGGCUGCCAUGGUUAUGAACAUGUACAAAUCAUGGGCUCAGCGACGGGGAUACAGAGUCACUGUAAUAGAAGAAAUGCCUGGUGAACUAGCAGGAAUCAAGAGGGCUACUAUCAAAGUUGACGGUGAGUAUGCAUUUGGAUAUGCCAAAUCUGAAAUAGGAGUUCACAGAUUAGUGCGGAUUUCUCCAUUUGACAGUGGAAAGCGGCGGCACACUUCCUUUGCUGCUGUCGCUGUAAUACCUAUUCUUGGUGAGUCCUCUAGCCGAUACCAGAUAAAUGAAUCGGAUCUUCGGAUAGAACGCUUCCGUUCUGGUGGACCCGGCGGCCAGCAUGCCAACACCACAGAAAGUGCUGUUAGAAUUGUGCACAUCCCAACUGGUACAACGGCAACUUGUCAAAAUGAAAGGUCACAACAUAUGAAUAGGGCAUCAGCAAUGGCUGUGCUGCAAUCUAGAUUGGACCAGCUUGAGAUUACCCGUCAAGCACAGAUGAAUGCAGAGCACACGCAAUCACUCUCUGAAAUAAGCUGGGGAAACCAAAUAAGAUCGUAUGUGCUACAGCCAUACCGAAUGGUCAAAGAUCUCCGGACAAACUAUGAAGUGUCUGAUCCCGAUUCAGUCCUGGAAGGCGACCUAGAUGAUUUCAUACUGAGUUUUUUGUCAUUAUCAUUGGAUAAAGUUGAUGAAAGUGUCUGAAGAAAAACCAUGUCUAUCAUUUAUUAUCAGCACGAGCAGACUGUGACAGUGCCCAACUAACAGUAAGAGAGGUUUUCUUUACUACUCUGACAAAUACAACGGACACCUCGAUCUCGAGUGGCGCGAAAGGUGCGGAAUAACUGUGAAAUGCAAAAAACCAGAGCUAGUUUCCUAGUACGAAUGUUUUAGUCGAUCUUGGUAGUUAGAGAAGGUAAUGUAACGGAAAUGUUUUUGAUUAGAGAGGCAAUAUAAUGAAACUAUGAUCGAUCGUUGACCUA